CCCGUCGGCUGGGCUCGGCCACGUCAGUCUUGCAGGGCCCAAUCAUCCGACGCUACGUAAGCAAAAGCGCAUAAACAUCUUCUGCUGACCUGUCAAGAUCUGACCGGGGAAGUUAAGCAACGUGCAGCUGAAGAGAAGUUCGUGCACCGGCGGCAGAAUCCACGGCGGCCACUACAUGACUACAAUGGGAAAAAGAAAUGAUAAUAAAGAAAGAAAAUAGCUAGCGGGCGGUGGUGGGGACAGUGGGUUUUUUUUGGCGGACCUGUCGGUCGAGUGUCGGUGUGGGCUUUGAGGGAAUUUGCCAAUUUGGUCAUUUCUUUUAAUUGGAUCGACUGGAUCCAAUCGAGAGAGAGAGGCGCUAGAGAAGCAAAGGAUUAAGGAAGCAUUCGGCUUCUGCCAUAUCUUCCGCUUCAUUGCUGUUCUUGCUUGGCAAAUAUGGAGCACGAAGCUGAUCAUGGCGGGACCAAGAGCUUAAAACAGCAGGUCUGCCAGAUCUGCAGCGAUGAUAUCGGGAAAACUGUGGAUGGGGAUUCCUUUGUUGCUUGCCAAGUUUGCGCAUUUCCCGUCUGCCGCCCUUGCUACGAGUACGAGAGGAAAGACGGCACUCAGUCCUGCCCUCAGUGCAAGACCAAGUACACUAGGCACAGAGGAAGCCCUCCAAUUCACGGGGAACAGGUGGAUGACGGGGAGCUCAAGGAUUUGAGGAGCAAGUCAACUUCUUCUCACCCCGCAGUUGGGGUUCAAGAUGAGAAACACAAGAUUGAUCGUAUGUUGGGAUGGGAGUCUGGCUCUGGUCGUAAAGAAUAUUUUCCUCAUUCAUAUGAGAGGGACGGGUCUCUCACCCAUGUCCCCUAUGCAGCAAGUAGACCUUCGAUGUCUGGGGAACUCUCUGCUGCAUCUCCUGGGCGUUUCUCGAUGGCUUCUCCUGAGAGUGGCAGCAGAGCAACCAUAAGACUGGGAGAUGGACAGAGGGAAUAUGGGUCGGGUGGGUUUGGCAAUGUAGCUUGGAAAGAGAGAAUUGAUGGUUGGAAGAUGAAGCCAGAGAAAAGUGCAGCUCCACCAAGUGUUAGCAAUGCACCCUCGGAAGGCAGAGGGGGUGCAGAUUUUGAUGCCAGCACCGAUGUGCUUAUGGACGAUUCCUUACUGAAUGAUGAAACUCGUCAGCCACUGUCAAGGAAGGUUCCAAUUCCUUCGUCCAAAGUUAACCCUUACAGGAUGGUCAUUGUGCUGCGGCUUGUCAUCCUAUGCAUCUUCUUUCACUACCGUAUAACAAAUCCAGUCUGGGAUGCCUUCCCCUUGUGGUUGAUUUCUGUUAUUUGUGAGAUUUGGUUCGCAGUAUCAUGGAUAUUGGAUCAGUUCCCAAAAUGGUUCCCUGUGAACAGGGAGACAUAUCUAGACAGGCUAUCGCUUCGAUAUGAAAAAGAAGGAGAAAUAUCUCAAUUAGCUUCUGUUGACAUCUUUGUCAGUACGGUGGACCCUUUGAAGGAACCUCCACUUGUCACAGCCAAUACGGUGCUGUCAAUUCUUGCGGUAGACUAUCCCGUGGACAAAGUUUCUUGCUAUGUUUCAGAUGAUGGAGCUGCUAUGUUGACUUUCGAGUCCUUAGCUGAAACAGCUGAAUUCGCUAGAAAAUGGGUUCCUUUCUGCAAGAAAUACAGCAUUGAGCCACGAGCUCCAGAAUGGUAUUUUUGUCAGAAAAUUGACUAUUUGAAAGACAAGGUUCAUCCUUCAUUUGUCAAAGACAGAAGAUCAAUGAAGCGAGAAUAUGAAGAAUUUAAGAUUCGCGUCAAUGGGCUUGUGGCCAAGGCGCAAAAGAUUCCCGAGGAAGGAUGGUUCAUGCAAGACGGUACACCGUGGCCUGGUAACAAUACCAGAGAUCACCCAGGAAUGAUUCAGGUUUUCCUAGGCCACAGUGGAGGACUUGACAGCGACGGCAAUGAACUUCCGCGGCUAGUAUAUGUAUCUCGUGAAAAACGUCCGGGUUUUAUGCAUCACAAAAAGGCUGGUGCCAUGAAUUCUCUUGUGCGUGUUUCUGCAGUUCUGACUAAUGGGCCAUUCUUGUUGAAUCUUGAUUGUGACCAUUACAUAAACAACAGCAAGGCGUUGAGAGAAGCUAUGUGUUUUCUGAUGGAUCCUAAUCUGGGAAGAUCAGUAUGUUAUGUCCAGUUUCCACAGAGGUUUGAUGGUAUUGACAAGAACGAUCGAUAUGCCAACAGAAACACUGUGUUCUUUGAUAUGAAUUUGAGAGGAUUGGACGGCAUCCAAGGACCUGUCUACGUGGGCACAGGGUGUGUGUUCAACAGGACAGCAUUGUAUGGCUAUGAGCCUCCCUUCAAGCCUAAGCAUAGCAAACCAGGGUUCUUAUCUUCAUGCUUCGGUGGUUCCAGAAAGAAGAAUUCUAAAUCAAGCCGAAAAGAAAAGAAAAAGUCGAGCAAGCAUGUUGACCCUACUGUCCCAGUCUUCAAUCUAGAAGAUAUAGAAGAAGGGGUUGAAGGAGCUGGAUUUGACGAUGAAAAGUCACUGCUUAUGUCACAAAUGACACUAGAGAAGAGGUUUGGUCAAUCAGCAGUGUUCGUUGCAUCAACACUUAUGGAAAAUGGUGGUGUUCCCGAAUCUGCCGCCCCAGAGGCUCUCCUGAAGGAAGCUAUCCAUGUGAUUAGUUGUGGCUAUGAAGACAAGACAGACUGGGGACAAGAGAUCGGGUGGAUUUAUGGUUCAGUGACAGAGGAUAUUCUGACAGGAUUCAAGAUGCAUGCUCGUGGUUGGAAAUCCAUCUAUUGCAUGCCUGAGCGCCCUGCAUUCAAGGGUUCUGCCCCCAUCAAUCUUUCUGAUCGUUUGAAUCAAGUGCUUCGAUGGGCUUUGGGUUCAGUCGAAAUUCUCUUCAGUCGCCAUUGCCCUAUAUGGUAUGGCUAUGGUGGGAGGCUGAAAUUUCUCGAGAGAUUUGCCUAUGUCAAUACUACCAUUUAUCCCAUCACAUCCAUUCCGCUUGUAGCUUACUGUACAUUGCCAGCUGUCUGUCUCCUUACCGGAAAGUUCAUUAUUCCUCAGAUCAGUAAUAUUGCCAGUAUCUGGUUCAUAUCCCUCUUUCUUUCAAUCUUCGCGACGGGUAUUCUGGAAAUGAGAUGGAGUGGAGUUGGGAUUGACGAAUGGUGGAGGAACGAACAGUUCUGGGUCAUCGGAGGAGUAUCGGCCCAUCUAUUUGCAGUUUUCCAAGGCCUGCUCAAGGUCCUAGCUGGAAUAGACACCAACUUCACUGUCACUUCCAAAGCAUCGGACGAGGACGGAGAUUUUGCUGAACUCUACUUGUUCAAAUGGACGACUCUACUGAUCCCUCCAACCACUUUACUCGUGAUCAACCUAGUCGGAGUGGUUGCUGGAGUCUCGUAUGCCAUUAACAGCGGGUAUCAGUCAUGGGGGCCUCUCUUUGGUAAGCUCUUCUUUGCCUUCUGGGUGAUCAUUCAUCUCUACCCGUUCCUGAAAGGUCUGAUGGGUCGUCAGAAUAGAACCCCCACCAUUGUCAUCGUGUGGUCCAUCCUCCUCGCUUCCAUCUUCUCGUUGCUGUGGGUCCGGAUCGACCCGUUUACUACCCGGGUCACCGGGCCUGAUGUGGAGAUGUGUGGAAUCAACUGCUAGAUAGAGGUAAAAGAAAGUACACUUAUUCUAAGCCGUAGGCAGAUAUGCAGCAGAGCAGAGAUUUGAAGAAGAAUCACGAGGGUGCCUGCCUGCCCACCCGCCCUGGAUAUUUGCUGUCUAGCCAUGUGAAGCUAGCUGGUGGGAGUAGAUGUCAAAUUUGUGUUGAUCAGUGCAAUAAGGGUUGGAUGUAUUUAUAUGUCAGUUAUAUUUUAUAAGAUAUCUCUGGGUGGCCAGUGUUUUUUUUUUUUUUUUUUUGUGUAGUUUUGAUUCUUUAGUUCUUUGGACAUUCAUUCAGUGCCAUUGCUCUGUUGUAAUUUAUACAUGUGUUGGAAGGGAAAGGACAGUCCUUUUAAUUGUUCGAUAGUGACUUUGGGGAGGGUAUAGCUGCUGCUGCAGUUUUUUUUUUUUUUUGCAAUUUUAUGUGUUUCUUUACGACUUGGAAUACUGGACAAGAAUGAAAAAAAAGGUUCUGAUACCGUAGUUCUUUGGUCCUCCUGGUUCUGCAUCAUUAUUGAUUCUGAUACUUAACUCACUAGGGGUGCUAUGAUUUGUUAGAAGAUGUUCAUCUAAGGUCUGAUAUUUCUUGCUGCACGAUACGUAAUAUGAACAGAGCUGUCCAUUUAGCGGCGAUAUGAGCCCCUGUGUGUGGUGUGAGUGUGACUGGUGUCCCAUAUAGAAAUCUAUCUAUAUGAAUCAGAAGCUCCAGAUUCUGUGUCACAGAUCACGAUAUCUGAUGAAACUCUGCUUUUGGUUUUCAUUCACUGAAUCGCCAUUGGUAUAUAGUGGUAGGCGAGCUUACUUCAUUAUUUUUACUGGGAACUUGUGAGUACUUGUUGUGAGUGGUCAGUGUGGUGAAUAACAACAAAACAAGUGAGGAUUCCUAAAUUCCAUUCCAUGCACACCCAGCUGCACCAGAAUCAUUGCCCUUCAUUUGGCAACGGUCAAAACGUAUGAAUAAAUAACCCACCCACCACCCCUGUUGCUGCUGUUGACACAGCCAGAAACACAGAGACCCACUGUUUUCAAUCAACCCGAAAAGAGACUACUGUUAGCCUAAUUUUUUUGUUGUUGUUGCUAUAAUCAACGUAAAAACGUUCAUCAUUAUGAACAGUUGUAAAAGGAAGGGUCCAACGGUCGACUGCCCUUUUGUGGGUUCUUUAAUAAAACAAACACACUAAUAAAUCAAAAGUAAUUAU